CUAAAAAAAUAACCGGUGAAGUCCAAUAAUCUUUAAAAUUGCGCCAUCGCCAACGUCGUUUAUGUUUGGAUUAGUUUUUCUUAAAUUUAAAAUAGACAAUAAUUUAAUAUGAAUGCGAAAAGAAAACCUUCGACACAAAGUGGCAAUUUCCAAAAGAAAACCAGAAACUUCGACGAGGAUGAAGAAGAUUUUGGCAGUGCCUUUGAGGCUGAGCUGGCAGCCUUUGAAGGUGAUGAUAUAGACCCCACUCAGCUUCUGGGUGAAGGUCCAGAAAAUCAGCAAACUUGCGCCAAAUGGUCGCGGGCCGAUUAUCCACAUCUGAACCCAGACGUCGAUGGUUUGACAUUCCAACAAAUCGACGUUGAAAACUACGUUGGAACACCUCUUCCUGGAAUGCCAGGCUCACAGCUCGCCCCAGUGCCUGUCAUACGAAUGUAUGGCAUCACAAUGGAAGGUAAUUCGGUGUGUUGUCAUGUCCACGGUUUCUGUCCGUACUUCUAUCUCGCUGCACCUCGUGGCUUUGACAAGAGUCACUGCCACAGAUUGCGCGCGGCUCUGGACAAGUGCGUAUUGGCCGACAUGCGGAGCAAUAAAGACAACAUCCAGGAGGCUGUGCUUGAGGUUGAAAUCGUCGAGAAACUGUCCAUAAUGAGCUAUCAGGGUGACGAGAAGAAAGAAUUCAUCAAAAUAACAAUGGCCAUGCCAAAGUUGAUUGCCGCCGCAAAGAGGCUCCUUGAGAAGGAGAUCAUUAUGUCGGACUUUGAUUUUCAGGACUGUCGAGCGUAUGAGAGUAACAUUGACUUCGAUAUUCGCUUCAUGGUCGACACUGGAGUUGUUGGCUGCAGUUGGAUAGAACUGCCAGCUGGUUCGUGGCGAUUGCGAAGUAGAGACACCAAACCCAUUCCGGAGUCGAGAUGUCAAAUUGAAGUCGACGUAGCUUUUGAUAAAUUCAUUGCCCACGAACCCGAGGGCGAGUGGGGAAAGGUGGCGCCUUUUAGAAUACUCUCAUUCGAUAUUGAAUGCGCUGGAAGGAAGGGUAUUUUCCCAGAGGCCAAAGUUGAUCCGGUGAUUCAAAUCGCCAACAUGUGCAUUCGGCAAGGCGAACAGGAGCCAUUUAUUCGCAAUGUCUUCACAUUGAAUACUUGUGCCCCGAUUGUGGGAUCACAGGUUCUUUGUUUUAAUAAGGAAACGGAACUCCUCGACAAAUGGUCUUCCUUUAUCCGUGAAGUGGAUCCGGACAUUUUAACCGGCUACAACAUUAAUAAUUUCGAUAUUCCAUAUCUCCUGAAUAGAGCCCAACACUUGAAGGUCAAAGGCUUCGAGUAUCUUGGUCGUAUCAAGAACAUUCGAUCUGUUAUCAAGGAUCAAGUUCUUCAGUCUAAGCAGAUGGGAAGGCGAGAGAACAAAUACGUUAACUUCGAAGGUAGAGUUCCUUUCGAUUUGUUGUUUGUUCUUCUCCGAGACUAUAAACUACGUUCGUACACUCUUAACGCUGUCAGUUAUCAUUUCCUCCAAGAACAAAAGGAGGACGUGCAUCAUAGCAUCAUUACCGAUCUCCAGAACGAAAACGAACAGACACGUCGACGAUUGGCCAUGUACUGUCUCAAAGACGCCUACCUUCCCCUCAGACUGCUCAAUAAACUUAUGUCGAUUGUUAACUACAUGGAAAUGGCUCGUGUCACCGGGGUCACUUUGGAAUCCCUACUCACACGAGGACAACAGAUCAAAGUACUUAGUCAGUUGCUGCGGAAGGCACGAACCAAGGGAUUCAUAAUGCCCGCCUAUCACAGUCAAUCCAAUGACGAGCAAUUCGAGGGAGCGACAGUUAUCGAACCGAAGAGAGGAUACUAUGCCGAUCCAAUCUCGACGCUCGAUUUUGCCUCCCUAUACCCGAGUAUUAUGAUGGCUCACAAUCUAUGCUACACGACCUUGGUUCAGCCCAACAUGAAGGACAAACUGUCGCUAUCUGUGGACGAUGACAUGGAGAAGACUCCCUCAAACAAUUUGUUCGUCAAAUCCCACAUUCGUCGUGGUCUGCUUCCUGAAAUUCUAGAAUCCCUGUUAGCUGCGAGAAAAAAGGCCAAAAACGAUCUCAAAGUGGAGACGGAUCCAUUCAAAAGAAGCGUCUUAGACGGACGACAGUUGGCUUUGAAAAUCUCUGCAAAUUCUGUGUACGGUUUUACUGGAGCACAAGUUGGAAAGCUCCCCUGUUUGGAGAUAUCGGGAAGUGUCACAGCCUAUGGGCGAACCAUGAUCGAGUUGACAAAGAACGAAGUCGAAGCACAUUAUACCCGAGCAAAUGGCUACGAAAAUGAUGCUGUUGUCAUUUAUGGUGAUACCGAUUCUGUGAUGGUAAAUUUUGGAGUAAAAACUUUGGAGCGAAGCAUGGAACUAGGGAGGGAAGCAGCCGAAUUGGUUAGUUCGAAGUUUGUUCGGCCGAUUAAGCUGGAAUUCGAAAAAGUCUACUUCCCGUAUUUGUUGAUCAAUAAGAAGCGUUAUGCGGGUUUGUACUUCACAAACACCGAGAAAUACGAUAAAAUGGAUUGCAAAGGUAUUGAAACUGUAAGAAGAGAUAACUCUCCAUUGGUGGCGAAUCUCAUGAACACCUGCCUACAAAAACUUCUGAUCGAACGUAACCCUGAUGGAGCUGUGGAAUAUGCCAAAUCUGUGAUAUCUGAUUUGCUUUGCAACCGCAUAGACAUAUCCCAGUUGGUCAUCACAAAGGAACUGACCAAAACAGACUAUGCGGCCAAACAAGCUCACGUCGAGUUGGCAGCCAAAAUGAAGAAACGUGACCCGGGAACAGCUCCAAAGUUGGGUGAUCGAGUUCCUUACGUGUUGUGUGCUGCCGCAAAGAAUACCCCCGCCUACAUGAAGGCCGAGGAUCCUAUUUAUGUGCUGGAGAACUGCGUACCCAUAGAUGCGAAUUACUACCUGGAGAACCAACUGUCAAAACCUCUUCUAAGAAUCUUCGAACCAAUUUUGGGCGAAAAGGCCGAGUCCAUUUUGCUGAAGGGUGAACAUACCAGAACUCGGGCAAUGGUGACAUCGAAAGUCGGUGGUUUGGCUGGAUUUGUGACCAAAAGAACGGCGUGUCUAGGUUGCAAGGCGCUCAUGCCAAAUGGGUAUGAAAAGAGCGCCCUUUGUCCACAUUGCGAACCAAACAUCGGCGAAUUGUAUCAGAAGGAGAUUUUUGCCAAGAGAAGUCUGGAGGAGAAUUUUUCACGUCUUUGGACCGAAUGCCAACGAUGCCAAGGCUCCCUGCAUGAGGAAGUACUAUGUUCCAAUCGAGAUUGUCCUAUUUUCUAUAUGCGUCAGAAAAUUCGAAUGGAACUCGAUACACAAGAGAAACGAGUACAACGAUUCGGAGCGCCAUCUUGGUAA